GGGGAAGGAAACGGCUUCCUUUUCCCAAGAAGGGCGCUCGAGCGUCGGCCAUGUUGAUUGAGGGCAAGCAACCGGAAGGAGGAAGGAGGCCUUCCCUUCCCGCAGCUUCCGCCGUUGAGUGAGCGCAUGCGCCUUUUAGUGAAUGUGGAUACCGGCGAGGGGGAAAAUGGCGGUUGAAGGGCCGGAGCAGGUAAGCGGGUUCCCGCGAGUGCUGAGUCACUCCGGCCUCCGCUCUCUCUCACUGUUCUCACGGGGGUGUCUUGUUUGUAAAAGUGGGCGAGAGAUGAGAGAGGUCCGUUUGCCACUUGCCUGGACAAAGGGGGAAGGGAUGGCGGAGAGGCUUUCGUUAAAAAUGGUGAUGGUGGGGGGUAUAAACGGGGAAUGAGAAGGAAGUUCGUUUGUGCGUGGAUGCGGAUUAACUGCGAAAGUGACGGAGAUGUUGGCGGGGCAACAGGGGAAGGAGGUGGCCUGACGUUGAAGGGCCCCUGAUCCGACAGAGGCGCUUGGUGGUAUGAAGGCAGUCUGGGUGGGUGUAGUUGCUACUCAGCUGCGUUAUUAUUAUUAAUUGAAUUUAUAUACCGCCCUAUACCCGGGGGUCUCAGGGCGGUUCACAGUUAGAAAGCGGGGAAGGUGUGUCCUCCUUUGCCUGCCUUAAAAUGAUAAUAUGGGAGGGUCCACGUAAUGUGGAGAGGUGGUUUGUAAUGUCAUGUGAAAGGUUACCGGUACUAGUAGUGAUUGUGAUAUUUAUUAAACGUACAAACUGCGGGAGGCAGUGCCUGGCAUGCUCUGGUCCAUGGGGUCACGAAGUUUCGGACACAACUAAACAACAACCACCACCCUCUUUGCGUGAAGAUCGCAGGGUGGUUUCAUGAAAGAUGAAGACACAAAAUGUAUAGCACAAUAAAACAUCAAAAGGACUGCGACCCAUAGCUCCCCCUCCCACACACACAUUUUUUAAAGGCCAUAGAAUGUUCAGCCCUAAAGGACUUUGGUGUAGACUACAGGGAUGUUUUUUUGCCUGACACCUAAAGAUAUGUAACAAUGGCAGCAGGCAAGACUGUCUGGGUGGGCAUUCCACAAAUGGGGAGCCAUCGCAGAAAAGGCCCGUUCUCGCUUGCUGUCACUUCUAGGUGUUGGAGAGGGUGUUACUGCCUAUUUUAAACAGUUAAAGGGUGCCUGUUUCUAAAUAGUAGGUGUGCUAGCUUAUGGGCUGGGGAGAGGAGUGAAACAGCAAAUUGUAAGGUAGGGGUGACAAUUCAUGGUUUGGGUAGUGGGCUGUAAUUUAACUUGGGGGGCGGGUGGUGAGCUGUGCCUCUUGUCCUUGAGCUUAUCUGUUUGUCGUCUUCUAUUUGCUGUCCCAAAUCUUUCGGGCAGAUGGAGUUGGAUGAAGGCAAAGGUGGGACUGGGCUGCGCCAGUAUUACCUCUCCAAGAUUGAAGAGCUACAGGUGAGAUAUUCUUGUUUCCUGGAGUGGGAGGAUCAAUAUAGGUUCUCACUUUCUAAAUCCUUUCUCAAACGCAGACAACACAACCUUCAUACACAUAAGUUGUUUUAACAUGUGGGGCAUACUAUGGCUAGUGGAUCUUUAGAUGAUCUCCAGUCUCUUUAUUGGCUCUCUUUUUUAUUUCUAUAGUGCCUAUGUUAAGGGCAAGAUAUAGGCCCUCCUCUCAGGUUUAUAAUUAAUGGAUGAAGAUAGGCAUGCAUUCUAUAAUGUGGUUUUGACAAAAAGUUUGCCGGGCUAUGGCAUGUGUGUGUGUGUUCAAAUACAUUUCAACACACAGAGUAUGUCUGUUUCUUCACUGUAAAAGAUAAGACAUGACACAUAAAGGAAGGUGUUUGGAAGGAAAAGAGAGAUCUCUUCGACAAUACUGGGCGGGGGGUGAGAAGGUUGUGUAUUUGCUACCCUUUUCUCACACCUUUCCUCCAGUGAGCUUAAGGCAGUUUACAUGGUGGUUCUUCUCCCCCCUGCCCCACUCCUGCCUUGUGAGAUAGACCGGCUGAGACAGUAACUGACCAAUGCUUACUUGGAAAGCUACACAGCAAAGUGAGGAGUUGAACCUGAGUCUCCUUGACCUUAAUCCAACGCUCCAACCACCACAUGCGCCUGGUGUUUACAUCAUGUUUGGAGCUAGCUGCUUUUCCACUCCUUAGGAAAAGAUAAUGCAAUUCUCCCUUGUUUGCCAGCUAGUAGCCAGAGUGCCCCAACUCGGAUCUCGGUGAGAAUAAUUAUCUGGUGGCUGGCGCAGGGGGAGCAAACACCCUUAGUUGAUGGGGUACUAUGCUAUUUUGGCGUGAAGUGUCAUCUUUCUCCAUUUCUUCUUCAAGUUGAUAGUCAACGAUAAGAGCCAGAAUCUCAGACGGCUGCAGGCACAGCGGAAUGAACUCAAUGCCAAGGGUAAGUUGGGGGUUGUUCAGCUCUCUGCAGUGUUGCUUUUGUGUUUUGGGAGAGGUUUGAUGGCUUUUGUUUUUAAAUUCUGUUUCUACCCAGCACCCACAUUUUCCCCACUGGCAAAAACCAGUAUGUUUGCUACCUUAAUUUGAAGCAACUUUGCUUUACUGAUUAUAUUUUUAUAAAGUGUAAUGCUUUUAUGUUAAGAAUCUGUGGUCACUUUAUGUAAUCUCAUAAAUAAAAUAUCAAACACUGGGUGUAUUUAUAACUUGAGAUGUAAAUACUUUUAAAUGUAAUCAAAAUAGAAAGCAGCAGAGUUUUGUGUCCUAACUUGUACAUAAAGCAUUUUGUUUCCUUAAGCUGGUAAACUAAGCUUUUGAACUGUUCUGAAACAGAUAUGCUACUUAUUUUUAUUUUCUUAUUUCUUUUUAUGACACCCCCCCCCCUGAGAAAUGUUUCCUCCCUUGCUUCUGGAAAUGUUGCCUUUCUAGGGAGGGGCAGUACCUGAGUUGUCCAAGAUGAUGCUGAAUUGGGCGACUUCCUCUCCACUGGUGCUAAUGCUGUUUUGUUUUCUCUGACCACCCUAGUGCGCCUGCUUCGCGAGGAGUUGCAACUUCUGCAGGAACAAGGUUCCUACGUGGGGGAAGUGGUGAGGGCUAUGGACAAAAAGAAAGUGCUUGUCAAGGUAUGGUCACCCCCUGCAUGUGUGUAUCAGAUUUGUACAUCUCUGUGUGUAGAGGAGGGUUGUCCUUCAAACAGGCUAUGAUUGUGAGUUGGGAAUAAUAACUGUUGGCAUUUAAACAGCACUUUUCAAUAUUCAAAGCACAGUGUUAAAACUAGGGCUGGGAAGAACAUGGGUUCAAAUACCAACCUGGCUGGGAAGUUCAUCUUGGGCUAGUUGCCAUCUCUCACCCAAGCCUCCGCCCCACAAAUUUGUGAGCAGAAAAUGGGGGUUGAGAAGAGAUGCAUGUAUGCUGCUCUGAGCUCCUUGGAGGAAGAGCAACAUGAAAAGGACAGCUCUGUAAGGUUGAAAUUGGAAGACAGUGACAUGUCUGAGGCCCCUAAUUACUUCAUGGUAGAGAAGAGCAUUUUAAACUGGGUUCACAACUCAUUCUCUUGUUACUUUGCUGUUUCUGGACAGAAGUAGCAAAAAUGAUUGGAUAUCCAGGUACUUAAUGAAUCCUGUGUGGCUUCCAAAACUUUUUUAUCUGUUUUUACAAUAGUAAUCAUCCUCAAUAAUAUCUUCAGGUUGCUUUGCACUGUAAGCUAGAAGUGUUUUGCCAUACGGGUGGAAGUGGGUAUAUUUUUCCUGUGAGCCAUGUUGACUGUUGAUUUCUUUGGCUUGACCUGUUUUGCCAUUGAUGCUGCAGGUGUUUGAUUCUUACAGUAAUAACUGGCCCUCUAUUCCAGGUUCAUCCUGAAGGCAAGUUUGUUGUUGACGUGGAUAAAAACAUAGACAUCAACGAUGUGAGUAAUUGCUGGGCCAUGUCUGGUAUUCCACAGACAUGGGAAUACCAGAAUGGGAGUAGUGGUGUUUAUGUCUCUGUUGGAUUUGCAUGUGUGCUGUUUUCUUUCCUGCAUCUGGGUUUGCUCUAUCUUUUAAAUGCCCCUGGGGAAACCCAGGGUGGAACAUGCAUCUCAUGUGCCUCUAUACCACACAGGUAACCCCGAACUGCCGUGUUGCCUUGCGGAAUGACAGCUACACACUCCACAAGAUCUUGCCAAACAAGGUGGACCCCCUGGUCUCAUUGAUGAUGGUGGAGAAAGUGCCAGACUCCACUUAUGAGAUGAUUGGCGGCCUUGACAAGCAGAUCAAAGAGAUCAAGGAAGUGAUUGAGCUGCCCGUCAAGCAUCCAGAGCUUUUUGAAGCUUUGGGUAUUGCUCAGCCCAAGGCAAGUGAAAAGAAAUGCUGUGUCCCCACCAUAUCAUGCCUCGCUUUCUCACUAGACCAGACUUUAGAUAAAUGGAUAGAUGAUUACUCACACUUGACAUUAACUACAAAUAAGUAUUGAAAUACUCAUCCCACAUGAAGAGAAGCAGUCCAGUUUGCUGUCGCCCCCGUUUCCUGGGCCUUCCUUAGGGAGGGGUGCAUAGGCUAUAGCACAUGCCUUGAUUCAGAAGGCCAAGGUUCAGCCCCUGACCUCUCCAGUUCAAGGGAAAUAGCCUGUCUCAGAAUGGAAAACAACUACUAGGGCUAGGCAGACCAAGGGUCUGUCUUGUUAUAAGGCAGAUUCUUGGGAUUCCAUGCCCACGACAAAUGGAGGGUGGGUAGAAAGCAGGUCUCUGUAUUAAAAGCCCGCAAAAGGAUGCAAAUUUUCUACACCUUUUGUUUCAUUGCCCCAACUGACACCAUCAAAGUACUAGACAGUCUGCAAGAGAGGUUGUCGGAUGUGCUGUGCUGCCAUGAGUUCCUUUCUCUUCCUCUCCACUAAAUGGGUUUAGUUCCCUCCCCAUGCUAAUCUCAUGUUACACUUAUUGCAGGGUGUGCUGCUGUAUGGACCUCCUGGGACUGGGAAAACUUUGCUGGCCCGAGCAGUGGCUCAUCACACUGAUUGCACGUUCAUCCGUGUCUCUGGCUCUGAGCUUGUGCAGAAGUUCAUUGGGGAAGGUGAGUGAGGCGGGGUGGAUGGGAGAGAGAAAGUUUUUAUUAUUUAUCACAUUUUUAUCCUUCCCUUAUUCUAGCCUGGAAUUUAAGGCAGUGUGCUUUAAAAAAAAGAAAUUAUACAUUUUCCACAAGUUUUUUAUGGAGUAGAACCUCUGUUUUCAAGCAUCUCAGAAGUUGAAUGUUUUGGCUUUCAAAUGCCGAAAACCUGGAAUUGUUUCAGUUUCCGAAUGAUUUUCGGAAGCUGAAUGUGCCCUGCGGCUUCUGUUUCGAGUUUCCCUACUGUACUGAGGCUUCCACUUUCAGGUUUUAAACGUUUUGGAAGUCGAACGGUCUUCCAGAACGGAUUACAUUUCGAAAACCGAGGUUCCACUGUACAUAUAUAAAACACUAACCAUUACAAGUCACUUCUCUUAGGACUUCCCAGUCCAUCUCUCCAUGGCAUUCCAUUCAAACCUUAUUAGGCAGUGUGCAUGUUAUUCUCAGGAGACCCAGCCAUCCAGGCACUGACGAGACCCAGCCCUUCUUAGCUUCAGUAAGGUGGCACCUCAUGUACCUUAGACCAUACCUGGGGAUCCAUGUAUUCUUUCUCCACUAGAAAAAGGUAGCUGCCUGUACAGUUUGGCAGAUGACUUGAAAAAGACUGUUUACAAUUUUGCAGAGCCUGAAAACGGGAGUUCUACGGUCCUCCAAGCACAGAAUUGGUCACAAGAUUCCAGUUCUGUGAUCAAGUUGCCUCUUUGUCAUAAUUUUUCCAGGAUAUGCUUGUUAAUUGAGCACUAUUCUACCCGUCUCUUAAAAAUGCAACUAGGCUCUCUGAGAUGGGGCUGGCGGGAUGGUUUGUGUUUGAUAGAGGGGUAAGGGAGCAUAUUUAGAUAGGGCUGUAUGUUUGGGGGACGAGCUCAUCUGGCUCUUGGGGCUCAUCUACAGUAAUUGCUAAAGGAUCUUGGCUUGUUUCCUGGUGGCAGGUGCACGGAUGGUGCGUGAGCUCUUUGUCAUGGCCCGGGAGCACGCUCCCUCCAUUAUCUUCAUGGAUGAGAUUGAUUCCAUUGGCUCCUCCCGUCUGGAGGGUGGCUCUGGUGGGGACAGCGAGGUUCAGCGCACCAUGUUAGAACUGCUCAACCAGCUUGAUGGUUUUGAGGCCACCAAGAACAUCAAGGUAUGUUGUGAAAGGAACAGAAUCCACACCUUCCCAUCAUUCUGUGGAUUAUGCACAGGAACGUAGUUCGUAUGUUUGAAGAAUGUUGCUCUUCUUGACAUAUUUUUUUUUAAAGAAAUACAUAAUCUGAACCUAGAUUGCACUUAAGGCUAUGAAACCUUGCUACCAUCCGUAUGUACAUAACUAUAGAGGGGCAGAAGAGGCAGAGAGGAUUCCAGCUGCAGGAGGAAGAGAAGUAAUAGGUGGCUUGGGGAAGAAUGUUUACUGUGGUCUGUUGAUGGGAAGUGGGGAUAGAUGUAGCAUCUGCUGGUAUUUAUUAGCCAAAACACUGCAUAUAGGCUUCUAGUGAAAUGCUAUUUUUGUCCUGUUUAGGUCAUCAUGGCGACCAACCGCAUAGACAUCUUGGAUUCAGCCCUGCUUCGCCCUGGGCGUAUCGACAGAAAAAUUGAAUUCCCUCCACCAAAUGAAGAGGUAACGGAGACUUUGUGGGAGACAGCCAUUGCAUUUCUCCCUGUAGUAGGCUUUCCCUUGAUAGCUUCUCUUACCCUGGCAGCCAAAGUCCCUGUUUGCUAAACUGCAUUGUCAUUUAACUGCUGCUUCCUCUCUCCUUCCUGUUACUCCACAGGCUCGACUUGACAUCUUGAAGAUCCACUCUCGCAAGAUGAACCUGACACGGGGAAUUAAUUUGCGGAAAAUUGCGGAGCUGAUGCCAGGGGCUUCAGGGGCUGAGGUCAAGGUAAAGUAGCAAGUUUGCGUCUAAGAAUUCUGCUCCCCAAGUUUGGCACCCCUUCUGUAACUACCACAUGCAGCAUUAAGGAUCAUUUGAUUAUCAAGGCCUGCUAGAAAUUCCUGGUAACACUUUCUGAGGCUUGUAUGUUUGCAUCAGUGAGUAGAAGGGACUUCAGACAAAGAUUUUAAAAAUCAAGGAUUUCGGAAUCUCUUGUGGUGGUGUGUGCACGCACACAUUCAAACUAGUUUGAUACUCUUGGGUUGUCCUGACCAACCAUUUCCCCUCAGUGGAGAGGUUCAUAUGUACAGUGGUGCCUCGCAAGACGAAAAGAAUCCGUUCCGCGAGUCUCUUCGUCUUGCGGGUUUUUUCGUCUUGCGAAGCAAGCCCAUUAGCAGAUUAGUGCUACAGUAUUAGCGUCUUAGCGGGCUUAGUGGAUCAGCUGAUAAGCGGCUUAACGAUAAGCUGAUAAGCGGCUUAACGAUCAGCUGAUAAGCGGCUUAACGAUAAACUGAUAAGCGGCUUAACGAUAAGCUGAUAAGCGGCUUAACGAUCAGCUGAUAAGCGGCUUAACGAUAAACUGAUAAGCGGCUUAAGGAUCAGCUGAUAAGCGGUUUAGCGGCUUGGGGAAAAGGGGGGGAAAAGGAAAAAAACCCGCAGGAACUCGCAAGACAUUUUCGUCUUGCGAAGCAAGCAAAUAGGAAAUUCGCUUUAUGGCAUCUUCAAAACGGAAAACCCUUUCGUCUAGCGGGUUUUCCGUCUUGCGAGGCAUUCAUCUUGCGGGGCACCACUGUACUAAUCUCACACACAUCCACUUUGACGGCUAUCAUUUUGUUAUCCUUGGGUGGGGCAGAAGCAAGCCUACCUGAACUGUAUAUUCUCUUGGCAGUUGUGUGGGGCAGCUCAGGUGGGUCCCUUACAUAUCUGUUUUGCAGGGUGUGUGCACAGAAGCUGGAAUGUACGCGUUGAGGGAGAGGCGGGUACAUGUAACUCAAGAAGACUUCGAGAUGGCUGUAGCAAAGGUAUUGUGGGUAUGAGGGAAGGGCUAUUCUUUGGGGUGGAAAGAGGAGCCCAAGAUGUAGGGGAUUUGCAUUUUGUUGCUCUUGUCAUCAGUGUUUGUGUCAGAGCUUGCUUGCAGGUAACUGCCUUUCUCCUAAGGUGCUGCAGAGAUUAAAUGAAGGAGUGGGUAAUAGUGGGGACUUUACUAAUGCUGUACUUUUACAGAGAAAGCCUAUGUGGUUUGUUCCAGGGCAGGGUAGCCAUUACAAAAAAAAAAAAAAGCCCACAUCCAUUUUUGUUGUGGGAGGGAUAUGGAAGGAAUAGUGAGAGUUUAAUGCAUAUAUUCAGGGUGGGAUUGGAGCUGAGACUUCAUCUUGUCCAACAGGUAGUAUACAAAAAGGUUACUAAAUUGUGUAGAAUUCGGGUAGCUAUUUAACUGCUUGGAAGUUUGAUCUCUGCUACUGGCCUUUUUGCCUUUCUGACUUUAUUUCUAAUGUUCUUUCUCUUUGGCAGGUUAUGCAAAAAGACAGUGAGAAGAAUAUGUCUAUCAAGAAGCUGUGGAAAUAAGUUGCUGCCCUUACCCAAGCAAGUGAAUUCCGACCUCAUUCUCCACUGUAAUCUUUACACCCCAAUGUCCUUCCCCCCUCUUAAUAAAACUUAAUAUUAACAGUUGUGCUUGUAAAUAGAGGAAGGAGAAGAAAGCACAGAAAUUUUAAAGACUUAUCUAUUCCUCCAGGUCUACAGAAAAUUAGCUCCUAGAAGCAGAGACUUGUCUUUGGGUACAAUAGAUUUCACUCCACUGACUGUGGGAAGGUAACAUGUUGAAGCACUGUUAAGGCCCAAGGUCAAAUAGCUUUAUUUGAAAAGCCUCUUUAAUGCCAUUAUUAAUUGAAUGCUAUGUUAAACACCUUAAGUGUUGGUAUUUCCCAGUGUAUCUUUUCCCCAAAUCAUGAUGAGUGGGCUUGUGAGUCUUUCGACCCAUCAAAUAUCAAUUCUCUGUCCUAGAACCCUUAUAGGGUUGGUAUGAAAAGAGAACCGCUGAGAGAUUAUGAUUUAUCAUGAUCUGUAUGAAACAGUGUUAUUGUUCAAGGAAGCCUGUCUUUGGAGCACUCAACUAGAAACUGCGAUCAGGAGAAAUUUUAAAGUGAACUGAUUAAAUUUGCUGGCCUCGGACUGUUACUCAGAUCACACAUUUCUAUAAUUCGGUGUCAUUUUAGACAAAUAUGUGCAAGGGUGAGGAACCUGUGCCCUUCCAGAUGUUGAGUGGCAGUUCUCAUUGGCUCCAGCCAGCAUGCCUCAAAAGGAGGAGUCCAACAUCUGGAGCACCACAGGCUACCACUACAAGGCUGCUAUACAGCUAAAAAGAAAUGGCAUUCAGUAGCUAGAUUUUGUUACAUAGAAUUUUUGAGUGCUAAAAUGAAGCUGCGUAAAAGAAAUCUUGGAAAAAAGUAAUGCAUACUAGGUUCCCAAGUGCUUCAAAGUGGGCAAAUUUAAAGAAGUAGCUUGUUGUGAGACAGCAGGCCUACUUCUCUCCAUUCUUCCACCUCCAAAAGCCAGAGCGCAGAAAGGUGGCAAGGGUGCAGCAAUUAGCUGGAGACCUACUCCAAAGAACUAGUUGUCUGAAAUUUUCACAUUAUGGAAAAAAUCGUCACACUGUGGUAGCCAGAACUUGUCUGCUUUGUAGAAAUUCUCGCAAUGAAUUUGGUAUUCCAUGUAAUACUUGUUCAACUGGACCUUGAGUGUAAGAGCUUAGAAGUUACUUGUGUCUCACUUAUAGCAUGGCAGUGAACCUUGCAUAAGCAGAGCAAGGAUGUGGCAGCUGUGGUCCAUUGGAUAUCACUGGCGUCCUAAUUCGCAUCAGCCCUAACCAUCAUGGCCAAAGAUGAUGGGCGCUGCAGCUCAACAACGCCUGGUGAACCACAGUUCCCUCAUCCUGCUACAGCUGAAAGGUACAUCUGCUCCUCGAGAGCAGCCUCCGUUUGUAGGGCAGAAGAGAAAUCAGGCAAGCUUAAUUCAAGCUGCUGCUUAAGAGUACUUUUAUUAGAAAACAUUCAACAUAGAAACUGGUAACAUUCUUGUUCAUAGUGAGUGAACAUCCCAUCAGCUCCUACUUGGCCAACUACAUCUCGAGAGGAGGACCAGAAAGCAAGGAGGAUAUAUUCUAGAUUUAAGUGCCGAGGGGCCAGGAGCUUGGGGACUGAAGGCACUUGGGGUGGGGGGUGGCAAGAAGGCUCAAGCAAAUCUCCCCUUGGCUGGUGGCCUCAAAUGUUUCCUGCAGUACAUGUGGCCUUGACCGAAGAGGAACAGGUCUCCACUAUUCACUUUUUAAACUUCGUGCUGGAGAACCACGAAAGAAAUAUCAACUGAUUGUCAUUAACAGAACAGCAAAACAAACAAACCCCUCUUCAGAACCAUGCUGUUUCAGAGGGAGGAAGGGCACCAAUACAUAUUAACAACAAACUUCCCGUUGCAAAAAAACCAAACCUGCUCCCAAAAAAAGAGAUAGUGCAAAGACUAAAUGCCAGCAAGCAAGGCUGACAGUUUGGAAUGGAUGAAGCUUUGGUUAAAAAUUGAGCAGCAGUAGCAGCCACCCAACAUUGCAAGGGAGGCUGCUGAGACUCAGCUAAGAGGUAGAAGGCAACUCAAAAAUUCCCAGUGUCCCAGAGGCAAAGCGCAUAGGAAGGGUAAAGGGUGGGGGGUCUGAGGAAGGAGAGGAGCUCACUUUUCUCUCUAAAGGAGGUUUUAAGCCUUGUAUAAUCCCCAGGUGGAUACUGAAUAAGCUUCCCCCCUAUCCCCAAAUGAGUCAAUGGGGGCAGAACUCCCCCAGCCCUGAUAGAGGCAGAGGAUUUUGGACAAGCAUUGCCUGGCUGCUGGUCCAUUCCAAAGUACCACAAGGUGCAGAAGGGGUGCUGAAGGUGGCAGCGCUAGGUAAGGCGAACGCCAAGCACUUGUUCCAGUUCUUGUCUGCGCUGCUGAACCUGGAAGAUACAAGACGGUCACAGUGAUGAGCAGGAGCAAAUAAGCACAGCCAGGCAUACGUUUUGCCUCCCAUGGCAGAAGCACAGUGAGGCCUUCCUUGCUCUCCAAGGGCAAGAGUCUGAUUCUCAGGUGUACAAUCACUGAGGAAAGUAAAUGGGAGAAGAAUGGAGCAAGUGGAGGCUGCAGAUCACUUGCUGGGAUCAGCUGUUAAGCAGCAGUACAAAAGGAAUCCAGGGAAGGGGCAAAAAGAAAGCCAGAAAGGCGAUUAUUGGGGGGUGGGGAUGUGCUGGAACUGAAAAUAACAUCUUCCCUCCAUGGCCAAGUCCAGGUUGGGAAGAUGCCGCAUGACUUUAAAUAAUAGGGAAUGCCAUAUAAACACUUUGCAGAAAUAGCCUCUUCAAACCUUGGCAAAGAUGUGUCUCCCAACAGCCUCCUGCAUCCACGGUUGUUGGUAGAACUCCGCACGCCUCUCCUCUUCAGGGUUCCCAACCACGUCGGUGAUGAUCUAGAGCAAAAUGGGGGGAAAGGGGAAGCUAUUUCCUGUGCUGCCAAUGUUCAGAGAGUUUCAAAAUGGAGACCGCAGCAAGAUUACUAAAACUGCCUUGUUCAGUGUCACUAUAACCCAGCAAUGUGCGCAACAGGCCAAUGAGAUGCUCACAAACAUGGCACUGGUAUCUCUUAGUUUCAAAAUACCACAUUUCCAGCUGGAAUACAUCAAUGAUUUACUUUGCACAUUUCUGCCAGAAUCAAAACGUUCCUGAAUUCUUUUAACUGGCAAAGGAGGAAGGGAUAGACCAGGUGGACAAAAGACAGGGAACAUGUUAGACAUGGCUUACAUAUAGGGAAUUGGGCUGAGCACGGAGAGAGACUAACAUCAAAGGCCUGGGCAUUCCCACUGUCUUGUCCUACAAGGGUCACAAGCGGGAAUAUAACUUAAUGGGAACCCAGUGUUGCUUUUGUGGAACACAGAGAUCAUUGGCCUUGCAUUUGUGCUAUUUUUAUUUCUGUGCCAGGCUUUUAUUUGCUCUUGUGUUCACUUUUGCUGUUGCAUUUGGCCAUUUUUUCCCUGUUCCAUGGAUUAGUGUGCUUGCAUAUUAAUACUGAUUAUUUCCAAGUGUUCAUAUCUGAAUUCUAUUUAUUGCUCUUCAUUUGUUAUGUCAUGAGAUGCCUUGGGAACAAUCUUGUGGAAAAGCAAGAUGCAAAUAAAUGAAUGACUUCGGGUGC